AUGACGAUGCUAGAGGACAGUGCCGGAGAAGCAGGGCUGGCGCUCGUGGAAGUCCUCCGAGCCAUCAAGCAGGCGAAAGUCGCGGGAGAGGACUUGGGGCUCUUCUUUCACUUGCUUGACUCUCUCCUUCCACCUGCACUGCUUCAGCAAGCAGUGGACUGCAUGGAGAGAGGCGCAGUGACGGCUUACUGCUGCUCAGAUUCGACGGCUGCGUUUCACAUCGUGCGCCCCGGCCAGGACGAUUUGUCAAGACGUGCCGCGUCGAGCGGAGGACAACCGCUCCAGGGGGACAACGGACCUCCAGCAGCUGAGGCGAGAGCCGACUCCAGCGCACAUCCCUCUCGUGGCUACCUGGUUCUGCCUCGGCUUUGCUCGUGCCAGACUUUCCAGUGCAACGUUUUGGCACACGAGUCUGAUUUGACGUGCGUUCACGAGAUUGCCGUGCAGCUGGCCGAGGCCUUGGACUGCGUGGGCCGCCGUGUCGUCCUCGAACCCGAAGAGUUCACUCAACGUCUUCUCGAAGCGAGUGCAGAGACCGCGCAGCUUCAACUUCUUUAUCGCUGCCGUCAUAGCGGUGCUUAG